AUUAUUAUCAAUGUUUACUUGCAUUUGUUGUGUCAUUAUUCAAUUGAUUUAAUAAAGUUUUGAAUUAUAUUGUAAUAAAAAUUUAUUAAAAAUUGUAAAAGAAAAAUGAGUGAGGCAAAAGUACAAACAUUUUGUGAUAAAAUGAGAAUUGCAACAAGAGAAGUACACAAUAUUAGUAAUGAUCUUGUAGUUGCAAAACUUGCAUUUGGAUUUCAUAAUGAUAAAGUUUGGGCUGAUGGUGUAUUGGCUUUUUAUGAUAUUUUUUUGCAAUUAGAAAAAUCAAUGGUAACUGUUAGAAACAAUUGUGGUAUUGAUAAUUUAAUAACACCAGAUAUUGCAAGAACAAAAGCAUUUGAAAAUGAUUUAAAUUAUUAUCUUGGUAAUGAUUGGAUUAAAAAUCACAGUCCAAGACCAAGUGUUGUUAAAUAUUUAUCACAUUUAAAAGAACUAGAACAAACAAAUCCAAUUUUAUUAAUUGCAUAUGUUUAUCAUUUGUAUUUGGGACUGAUGAGUGGUGGUGUAAUAUUAAAAAAAAAACGUCAAUUUAUGAAAAAAUUAUUACCAUUUAAAAAUAAUGAUUCAAAUGAAGGAAAUAAUAUAUCAGAUUUUGGUUUUAAUGAAAUAGGUAUAUUAAAAAAACAAUUUCGUGAUAAAAUGAAUGAAAUUGCUGAUGGACUAAGUGAAGAAACAAGACAACAGCUGAUUGAUGAAAGCAAAGUUAUGUAUUCUUUGAAUGAUGAAGUUAUAAGAAGUAUCAAAGGUGCUAAUGCUGUUGUUGCAAAAACAAUUAUUUAUACAGCAACAAUUGCUGUUGUUGUUGGUAUUUUAUUUUAUAUUUACAAACGAUAGAAAAAAAAGUAUCACAGGCCUGAACUUUAAACUCAUUACACAUCUUUUUUUUUUAUUUCUGACAGAGUGAGGUUAUUUUUCAUCAACAAACUGUAUCU